UUCAUUUCUCACUUUCUCUGCAACAUGGCCGUUCGUCUCAGAAUCCUUGUCAUCCUCACGGGACUCACAGGAAUUCACAGCAUAACUACAGUCAGUAAAGUGUCAGUGAAGGCUGGAGGCUCAAUCUCUAUCCCAUGUCUCUAUGAGCCACGAUACAGAAACAAUUUGAAAUACUUAUGUAAAGGGUAUGAUUGGAUCUCCUGCUCAUCUGCAAUUAAAACAGACAAACAAAGUUCAGGAAGGUUUUCAAUCUCUGAUGACAAAAUCCAAAGAAUCGUCACUGUGACCAUAAAAGAUCUGAAGGAACAGGACCGUGGUGAUUACUGGUGUGCUGUGGAUAUUAAAAAACUGGUAGAUGAAAGAAAGCAUUUUUACCUGUCAGUCACUGGAGAUACACCCGCUCUCAAUGUGGAUCAUCAGGAGAUUCAAGGAUUUAUUGGAGAAGAAAUAACCAUCAAGUGUCAUUAUUCUAAACGUGGAGUAAUAAAGUGGUGCAGGCUGGGCAGCUCCUGUGUGACAGAACCAUCUGGAUCAAUAGAUGGAACAGAAGUGACCAUUGAUAGGAGAGUUCCCAGUGUUUUUACUGUGACUAUGAGUGGACUGAGGACAGAGAGCAGCGGCUGGUAUUGGUGUGACAAAGGAGGUUUCCAGAUGCCGGUGCAUUUAACUGUUACAGAGAAACCGACCACUAUCACUGUUGCAGCAACAACACUCUUAACCACCACUGAGCCUGAGAAUCCCCCCACUGGUUCUGUAGACGAAGAAACUACCACAGUUCAGAGUGAACAGCUAAGUGAUUCAAUUUAUGUAAAGAGCUUCAUCAUCCUUUUGAGCUUGUUGAUCGUCAUCGCAAUGGUCACCAUGUUCAUCUGGUUAAAGUUGAAAAAGCACAAGCAGGCCAAAGCUGCAGCGUCAACCACAACGGCUGAAGUGGACGUCACUUACUGUAAUAUUGGGGAAAUGAGAAAAACUUCAGGCCAGACAUCAAAUACUCAGAGCAAUGUGGAUGUGAUGUACAGCUCUGUGGUUUUCAAGAAACCAAAACGUGCCCUAAAGGUUGAAUCAAAUGAUGACAAUGUUACAUACAGCACAUUGGCUUAGCACCAGCACAGCCUUCCUCUGUAUUUCUGUCUAUAUUUUAGUCUACAAGGAUGAGUAUUUUAAAUGAUAGUGUUGUAAUUUGUUAUCUGAUGCCAUAAGUCAGUUGUGCAGUAACUUCUCUCCUCUUCAGUUUUACACCUUCUCUCCACCAGUUCCUCUUUUGCAUUUGAAAGAAGCUUUGCCCUGUUUGCUUUCCUGGUGUUAAAGGUCACAUUAAGUUUGCAUGUGUUUCACAAUCAUAAGUGUAUGUGUGUGUGUGUGUGUGUUAUAUAUUCAUAUAAAUCUUCAUCGAUCAGUCUUGUCCUCUCUUCAUGACAUUUUUAUUGUCAGACAAAGCUGCUUCACAAAUGGAUGAUUCUGUAGUGCCAGAUAUCAGCUGCUUAGUGAAGGCUCAUACAGUUUUCUGGAUCUAUCAGGUGCCAGAGACGUGGCAUAAAUGUGUAAAAAUGGAGUCCGAUGUAAAAUGUCCUUACAUAAAUUACGGCUAUAAUGGCGUCAUUGUAAGUAAUGCUUUUUUGUAUAUCUUUUUGAGGGCUUUCUCCUCCAUCUUUUACAGCCAUUUUCAACAUUAUUUAAGUUGGUUGAAGUUAAAAUGGCAUGUCUGUAUGAUAAACUCAAAGCUCCACACCCGAGAUGAAAACAUUAAAUCUACUGAAACAUUUUGAAUAUAUCUAGUGAAAACAUUACUUUCGUUUUUGUGUAGUUUAUUCAAAUACUGAUUGAUUUGUCUCACAGACGUUGCUGCCAGUGCUGCAACUUUGGCCGACAAGGCUUAGGAUGGUGAAAACUCACUUGAAGUGAUCAAACAGCACUGUUCAGCCCCCUUUAAUGUUUUUGCAAAUCACCAUGGAACUUCCAAGAGAACUGCUUCCUAAAUUGCAUCAAGUAAAACAUUCUUCAGAUUUCCCAACAUCCCUUUUAUGUUGGUGUCCACUUCCUGUCAUCCCCAGUUUCUCUACACUUGUGUAUAAAAUCUCUUAAUCAAAAUAGCUCUCUUUUUGCACAACAGACUGUACAGACUGUAUCCAUUUGCGAAUGGCUGCUAAGAGCAGUUUGAAUAAGGGGCGACAAAAAAGACCAAACUAAGGAAGUGCUUUUUACUCAAUCACUGUGUUGACAUCUUGUCAUUCAAUUCAUUUCUUAACCAUGACCAAGUGUUCCAGUGGGUAGGUUAUCUCAUAUUGUGAAGAAUAUCCACUCAUCAGAUUAUAAACAGAUGGGCUACUUACUGUAUGCAAGGCCUACUUAUAAUAACAUACCAAAAUAUAACCCUGUACCCUUGUAACCCUGUGGCCCCAUGCACUAUUGACUCCAUCAGCUAGCUUAUGUAAUACCACUGCCUUAGUUACAGAUACAAUUGCAUCAUGUUCAUGUUUCUUUUGUCAAGUAGCAACACCACUUAGUAAAAUGACUGCAUGUUAUAACAAUUAU